UCUAAUCAGAGUGAAUCGUCCGCUCCCGUAAAUCGUAGAAGUCUCAGAUCCUCGAAAAAAGUCGUCAAUCAGGCCCAUCAAUCAAACGACAGACGAACCAACUCGCAAGCUUCUUUUGCAUCUUCGUACAAGAAUGUGACUAGGAAGCGCGGACGCCCACGACUUUCGCAUCCAAUUGGAAAAAUCAGUACCUCAAAAAACCGCGGCAGACCACGACAGUCAGAAGCGUACACUAAGGACGAUAAGGCAAAGAAAAACGUUAAACUGUCCAUUGUGAAAGUUCUACGGGAUUGCUCAAGAGGAUCACGGAGUUAUACGGGUGCGCAAACGGGUGGACAAAUACGGAGAACGGGUCGAAAGGUAGUGCCUCAAUUGACCGCGGUUGCUGAAAGGUCACAAGCAGGCAAAAUCUGUAACCUUGACUCUGCCUCGGGAAAGCAUAAGAAACAACGUAUCUCGAAGCGUGGACAAGAUCGACUACAAAAUACAGCCGCGUCUGGAGAUGACGGCAAAGGUGUUAGCCCAGAUUGCAGGAGUGUUGAGGAGAAUCUACCGAAAAAGAAAGCGGCUGCUAAGCUAGCAAAGGCGAAGGAACGGGAAUUGAAAAAAGCAGCUAAACUUGAGAGGCGCCAGCAGAAGUUGGAAGAACAGGAACGCAAGAGAAGGGAACGGCUAUUGAGGAAAGAAAUGAAAGAGAAAUUAUUGCAACAAAAGCGAGAAUGGCGUGAGGAGGAAAAGAGGAAAAGGCUUGCGAGAGAGCUGCAGUCAAUGUGCAAAAAGAGGAAGCUCGAUAGCUAUUUGAUUUUGGAUGAAGUUCCUUCGCAUCGUUACGGUGUGAUAGCAUAUCUUGUAGUUGAGCAAAGCGAAGCUGCUACCCAGUGUGUUCUAUACGCUCAACUGGCGGACAGCUCGUUUGCUUCGCUUCCGGAAGAGAUGUAUUUCGUACAAAUUCAAUCAGAGAAGAAUCGCUCUUCUAUGUUUCAAACGAUUGUGGACGCUCGAUUCAUUGAUGCUUCACCGCAGUCACCUCCAUUCUUCUACGCCAUUGUGCUCCUACGGUGA